GCAGCAGGAGACAACAUCAGCAUGGCUGUGGAGAUGGAGCCCGCGGACGUGAUCCGCCUGAUAAUGCAGUAUCUUAAGGAGAACAACCUCUACCGAACACUGACCACCUUACAGGAGGAAACCACCGUCUCACUCAACACGGUGGAAAGUAUCGACAGUUUCAUUGCAGAUAUAAAAAGCGGCCACUGGGACUGUGUCCUGCUGGCUAUCGAGUCCCUCAAGUUGCCCGACAACACACUUAUUGACCUUUAUGAGCAGGUUGUAAUGGAGCUCAUUGAAAUGAGAGAGGUGGGUGCAGCUCGCUCGCUCCUCAGACAAACUGACCCGAUGAUCAUGUUGAAGCAGACUCAGCCGGAGAGGUACAUCCACCUGGAGAACCUGCUAACAUGCUCCUACUUUGACCCCCGUGAGGCAUACCCGAAAGGCAGCAGCAAGGAGAAGCGACGCAGGGCAAUAGCUGAGGCACUGGUGAGGGAAGUCAGUGUGGUGCCUCCUUCUCGCCUCAUGGGGCUCCUGGAACAAUCUAUGAGACUACAGCAGUACCCAGGUCACCUCUCGCCGGACAUGCCCAUCGACACAUCUGGCAACAAGGAGAGACAUGUGGAGAAAGAGAGCUUCCCAACCCAGCUGUACCGCCACAUCAAGUUUGGGCGACGGUCACAUGUAGAGUGUGCCCGUUUCUCCCCUGAUGGAAAGUACCUAAUCACCGGAUCAGUGGAUGGGUUCAUCGAGGUCUGGAACUUCUACACUGGAAAAAUUAGUAAAGAUUUAAAGUACCAGGCCCAAGAUAGCUUCAUGAUGAUGGAUGAUGCUGUGCUGUGUAUGUGCUUCAGUCAGGACACUGAUCUACUAGCAACUGGAGCUCAGAAUGGCAAAAUAAAGGUGUGGAAGAUCCAGAGUGGCUUGUGCCUGCGCAGGUUUGAGCACGCUCACAGCAAAGGUGUGACCUGUCUGAGCUUCUCCAAGGACAACAACCAGAUCCUCAGUGCGUCCUUUGACCAGACCAUCAGAAUCCACGAACUGAGGUCAGGCAAGACACUAAAGGAGUUAAAUGGCCAUUCAUCGUUUGUAAAUGAUGCAUCUUUCACUCAAGAUGGAUUUCACAUCAUCAGUGCCUCAUCUGAUGGCACUGUCAAGAUUUGGAACACAAAGACUUGCGAAUGCAUCCACACGUUCAAAUCACUGUCCCGGACAUCAGAGAUCCCUGUCAACAAUGUGAUCCCUCUACCACAAAACCCAGAGCACUUUGUGGUUUGUAACCACUCCAACAAAGUGGUCAUCAUGAGCAUGCGUGGUCAGACUGUGAAGACCUUCAGCUCAGAUAGAAAGGAAGGAACAGACUUUGUGUGUUGCACCCUGUCACCCCAUGGGGAGUGGAUUUAUUGUGUGGGAGAGGACUUAGUGCUGUACUGCUUCAACUACACAACGGGAAGGCUGGAGAAAACGCUGACCGUCCACGAGAAAGACGUCAUUGGAAUCGCUCACCAUCCACAUGAGAAUCUGAUAGCCACAUACAGCGAGGACGGCCUCCUACGGCUAUGGAAACCUUAA